AUGCCGGCUCUGACAAUCGCACCGCUUGCUCAGCAGCUCCAAUGGCCACUCCUCGCCUGGAGAGAAGCUCUGCAGAGGCCUUCAGAAUUGCUGCCUACCCAGGUGCCCUGCAGCUGCGCGCGCUCGGGGGAAGCUUCCCCGCGGCCGGAAGCUGGCGCCACAUCAGCAUCGGGUGACACGGCCGCCAGCUCAGCGGCGGCGGAGCAAACCCACGAGCUGCUGCCGGUUCUGUUGAUGCCCCUGAGGCUCAAGGGUGAUUACUGCAAUGUGGCGGUGCUCAAUGCGUCGGAAGCCACCCUGGCGCUGAUGCGCAAGAUCGAUGACAAAGCGGAUGAGGUCGUCGUUGACGAUAGCGAGGUCAUCCGGAUCCUCAACGGCCACAUUGGCCGCCCGGAUGACACGACGCGGUUGGAGACGGUGAUCCCAAUAGUGCGUAUCGGCGAAUUUGUCGGGUCGGCGGAGGCUCGGGCCGAGCAUGUGAAGGCUGUCAUGCUGACCUAUCCCCGCACAAACGCCAUCAUCAUGCCAGGCGUGGGCAUGCUGUGCUGGGGCCUGCUGGCGAACGUGCGCCCGCUGGUGGACCUGUACGAGUACCUGCUCAAGUCCUCCACCGACCUCGCGCGCCCGGCACCCCCGGCGCGCAAGUCGCGCAUCCUCGGCAUCUGCCGCGCGGACACUGCUCAGGAGAUGGAGGCUGACUGCGCCAAGCUGAAGGGCAAAGCCUCCGAAGACGGCAGUGCCGCCUCCUGCUCCGACUACAGCUUUGACAUAGAGGAGGGGUUGGGAGGGGAUGCUCCGGAGACGGAGGCGGAGCGGCCGGUGCGGUGGAACCAGCCGGCAGUGGUCAUCAUCGCCUGCUGCAUCAUCCUCGGCGUGCUCGGCUCCGGCAUCGGCUACGCCAUCAGGGAAGCUGUGGAGGACGGUUCCUGGUGGAAAGUUGCAGCGCGCAUAGCGUUCAUGCCGCUGAUUUCCGUGUUGGCGAUGUUUGGAGUCAUAGCCAUCGUGUGCUGCAUCAUUGUCACCCUCGGGCCCAUCGCGCACGUUGAGAGAAACUCCAAGACCUACUCGGCCGUCAAACCCCCCAGGUGGAGGGGGCAGCUGCCGAGGGUGACGGUACAGAUGCCGGUGUAUUUGGAGGGAUUUGAUUUUGUGAUCAAGCCGAGCAUCUGCUCUUUGGAGGCGGCCAUUGCCGCGUACCGGGCAGAGGGCGGCUCCGCAUCCAUCUUUGUCAAUGACGAUGGGCUGCAGCUGCUCAGCAAUGAGGACAGGGAGGAGCGGAGAGAGUUUUACCGCGCGCAUGACAUCGGCUAUGUGGCUCGGCCGCCGCACGGGCAGGCCAGGUUUAUGCGGCGGGGGCGCUUCAAGAAGGCGUCCAACAUGAACUACUGCCUGGAAGUCAGCCGCCAGGUGGAGGACCUCAUGGCGGAGAGCGGCGUUGACCAGUACGAGGCGCUGCAGGCAGUGCGGCUGGAGACGCAGGUGGCCACGCCGGAUCAGGCGUUCCUGGCCGGGGGAGAUGUGCGAAUAGGCGACUUCAUUUUGUUAGUCGACUCCGACACGCGGGUGCCGCAGCACUGCAUGCUGCCAGUGGUCACCGAGCUCCUGAUGUCACCCAAUGUGGCUUUCACGCAGCACUUCACCACCCCCCUGCAGGUGGCGCACGACUACUUCGAGAAUGCGAUGGCCUUCUUCACGAACACAAUCUACAAUGCGAUCAUGGUUUCCGUCUCGGGGGGCGAUAUAUCUCCCUUAGUCGGCCACAACGCCUUUCUGCGCUGGAGCGCCAUCAAGGAGUGCGCAUUUGUCGACCCGGACGAUGGCAAAACUAAAUUCUGGUCCGACGUGCAUGUAUCGGAGGACUUUGACAUCGCCAUGCGCUUCCAGGUAAAGGGGUUCAUAGGGCGUUACAUAACAUACACCGGCCCCGACUUCAAGGAGGGGCUGAGCCUGACAGUGCACGAUGAGAUCACGCGCUGGCGCAAAUAUGCUUUCGGCUGCUCCGAGCUGGUCUUCAACCCACUCAAGCAAUGGAUCUACAGGGGCCCGCUGUCGCCGCUGUUCCGGCGAUACCUGGCCAAUAAGUGCACGCCGGUGACUAAUAAGGUCACCAUCGUGGCUUACAUCUGCAUCUACAUCGCCCUCGCCAUCUCCUGGCCAGUCGCCUGCCUCACGUACUUUCUGAACAGCAAGUGCGAGUGGUAUGCAACAGCGUUUGAGGGCACCUUUGAGAUCAGCAUGACAUGCCUGGUCGUCUUCUCCAUCAUGACUCCCAUUGGGAACACCUUCCUGCUGUACCGCCUGGGAGUCACCACCGUUCUGAGGGGCGCUUGGCUCAACAUAAAGUAUGUGAUCGUGUUCUUCUUCUUCUUCAACGGGCUGAGCUUUCAUCUCUCAGCUGCAUUUGCAUCGCACCUGCUAGGAUUCCGCAUGUCUUGGGGCAGCACCAGCAAAGAAGUCAUUGACACCAACUUCUUCAAAGAGCUGAGGGCCACUUUCAAGAACUACCGGUCGAUGUACAUAGUGUUCACGGCUCUGGCGCUGAUGAUGGUGGUGAUGACCGGGGUGAUCCCCCACACUUUACCGCCAGCCUGGCGCAUCAAUGACGCCAUCCUGAUGUGCCCCCUCGCCUUCCUUAUCGGUGGCCACCUGCUCGCCCCCUUGGUCAGCGAACCCCGCUCUGGUGAAGCAGUUCUGCACUCAAUUGACAUCGGCAAAGGCAGGUUCCUUCCCGUGGAGCUACCAGCAGAGCUUGCUACCGGGCGCAGGAUCUUGUUCAUAGGCGACUCCUUUACAACCGGGCUUGGGAAUUUGGGCCAUUCGACAUGUGACCCGUCUGCCGCAGUCAGCUCGCUUGAGAACUCUUUCUUCACCUAUGCAAGCCUGGCUGCCUCGCAGCUGAAGGCUGACUUCCAGGUGGUGGUCUUUGCCGGGGGCGUCAAUGACUUUGCCACGGGCGCUCCUGACGAGGUUUCUUGGGUUGACGGCUAUGCAACCUUCAUCCAAAAUGUGAGCGCGACAUACAUUAAUCCAGACAUUGUGCUGGUGGCGCUGCCCUAUGUGGCUGCCCUGAGCGGGCAGCCGGGCAGCCUGACAGCCGGGCAGGGGCCAGCGGGGGAAUCUUCCGGUGCAUAUCAGUCCUACAUGGCGCGACUUUUCACCAAAUUGCAAAUGCGAAAAGCGCCGCGUGUGCAUUUUCUGGCCCUCAGCACUGACGGGCUGGACCCCUCAGACUGGUGUGAGUUCCACCCAAAUCUGGUGGCCCAUGAGGUGAUGGGGAGGUUCAAGCACACAAUCGACAACGGAGAUCCAUCGUCAUCGACAGGAAAGACCACUUCUCCGGACCCCAGUCUUCGAGUCUCCAAGUGGACCCAAGCUUUCUUUCCUCCUUUCAUUCUGGGCGGUGAUGGAGUGCAAGCAGCUGCGCUGAAUGCCUCCAAGCAGCUGAGCAGGGCUAUCACAGAAGGCCUCUCCUCGUGCAACCCACACCAUGCACACCGACCGCAGGGCCUGGAGGAAACACACCUCAGCGUUGUGCUGGCAGACCUCGGCCCAGACUUUUGCACCCGGCAGUACCAGUUCCUGGACCCUAGGAUUGAUGAUGAGUCGCUGGAAUGCAACAUGCUGCUCGUCCGCGCAUGGCGCGACUCGGCCGACCUCGGGGCGCAGAUACGCUCGGCGCUGCUGGCGCGGCCGUCCGCCAACGUAGUCAUCCUCGAGUCAGCGGGCGUGCUUGUUUUGGCGCCCAGCCUGCCCAGCCUGAACAGGCGCAUGGCCGCCGUGGAACGCCUCCUCCUGGUUGCCACCGGCGCCGCGCCGCCAAAAGAGGCGACGCAUAGCAGAUCCAAAAAGCUGCAGACGCUGGUGCAACGGGACGACACGGCCGCGGACCUGCAGCCGUCUGCCGCUGCAAAGGAUGGAAAAGAUGGGGCGCUCAAGGGCAAUGCCGAGAAGGACAUUGAGGCCGGCAGCUGCACAUCAGAGGAGCCAGCAGCAAGGGGCCGGCCGCGGGAGGCGAUGCUGGUGGUGGUGGCCUCGUUGGGCCUGGCCAUGUUCAUCAUGACAUGGGCCCUCGUCAAGGCAUUCAUCAGCGGAGUCAAAGGAGACACCAGCUCGUGGAUUGUGUUCUCGGUGCUGGUCUGCACGACGCCGCUGUUCCUGGUGGUGAUGCUGUUCCCCUGCUUAGUCAUCGUGCGCUCCACGCUGUGCCUGCUGGGCUCCGUCCGCCGCGCCGAGUCCAACUCAGCCACGUAUUCUGGCCUGCCCGGCCGGCCGCGGCCGGGGCCGCUGCCGCGCGUCACCGUGCAGAUGCCCGUCUUCAUGGAGGACCUUGACUUUGUCAUCAGGCCCUCCGUCAUGUCGAUAGAGGCGGCGGUUGAGGCGUACAGGGAGGCCGGCGGCACCGCAUCCAUCUUCGUGAAUGAUGACGGGCUGCAGCUGCUUGGCGACGAAGCUCGCAUGCGCCGCAUCCAGUUCUACCGGCAGCACAACAUCGGCUACGUGGCACGGCCGCCGCACACCAGCCGACCGGCCGGCUUUAAGCGGCGCGGCCGCUUCAAGAAGGCCUCCAACAUGAACUUCUGCCUCUCAGUUGCCAAGCGUGUGGCUGCGGUGAUCAAGGAGCAUGGCCUGGAUCCGUUUGAUGCGCUGGAGGCAACGCGGCAGGAGACGGCGGCGGCCACGCCGGAGGAGGCGUUUCUGGCCGGGGGAGAUGUGCGAAUAGGCGACUUCAUCCUUCUUGUGGACUCCGACACGCGCAUUCCACGAGAUUGUAUCCUGCCGACCGUGUCGGAGCUGCUAGAGUCGCCCGAGGUCGCCUUUACGCAGCACCUCAUCACCCCCAUGCAGGUGUCGCAUGACUACUUUGAGAACGCCAUGGCAUUCUUCACUACCGCCAUUUACAUUGCCAUCAAGCAUGUGGUGGCGGCGGGUGACGUGGCGCCGUUAGUCGGCCACAACGCGUUCCUGCGCUGGAGUGCGAUUGAGGAGUGCGCAUUUGCGGAUGCGGCGGAUGGCAAGGUGAAGUUUUGGAGCGAGGCACAUGUGAGCGAGGACUUUGACAUGAGCGUGCGGCUGCAGAUUCGCGGCUACAUCGGCCGCUACAUCUCCUACACAGGAGCAGGAUUCCAGGAGGGACUGUCAUUGACAAUCCACGACGAGAUAACGCGCUACUGCAAGUACGCGUACGGCUGCAGCGAGAUGCUGUUCAACCCGGUGCGGCAGUGGCUGCGGCAGGGGAUAUUCUCACGCCUGUUCAUCUCCUACAUCACCCUGCGCAACAUCCCCUGGUACACCAAGGUGUCGACUAUGGCAUAUGUGGGCACAUAUUUUGCUCUGGCCAUGAGCUUCCCCUUCACACUUCUCAAUUGCUUCCUGGCCAAGUACUCAGAAGCUUUUGUGAAGGCAUUCCAGACGAACAUAGAGAUCACAUAUGCAGUGGUGUUCAUCUUUGGGAUAUUGGGACCGCUGGCCACAUCCGUCCUGUGGUACCGCACUCAGGAGAUCAAGCAGACAAACUUUUUCAGGGAGCUGCGCUUCGUGCUGUACACCUAUCGUUGGGUGUAUGCUGUCUUCGGCGUUGUCAUUCCCCUUGCAUUUGUGGUCAUGUCGGGGGUGUUCCCCUUUGUGCCACUGCCGCAUGCAAUUAUUAUGAGGAAUGCCUACCUGCUUGUGCCUGUCGGCAUUCUGUGCUUUGGCCACACCAUGGGUCCUAUUCUGCUGAGCCCGCCACUUAUGCUAGUGAAGUUCUGA